UGCCCCCUUUUCAAAAUCUCUCUCUCUCUCUCUCUCUCUCUCUCUCAGGGUUUUAGCACCGGAGCGCCUCUCUCUCCUAGGGUUUGAUCAACAGAACGCCUCUCUCUCUCUCUCUCUCUACCGUAGGUUUUCAUCACAAGAGCGCCUCUCUGCUGCUGCAGCGAAAUCGCCACGAACAAUGGUGGUGGAUGAAGGCGACGAUCUGGAAAACGAUCCCUUCGGGCGCAAUUUCUUCCCGCUUCUUCGAACCUUUGCUGUCGAGGGGCUUCCGUUGCAGACAGCCACGGAUUCCGAUUCCAUUGAUACUAUGCUCAGAUCCAGGGAUUUAAAAGACCCUUCAAUGUUUCUAGAACAAGCAAAUGCAAUUUUAAGUGGCAGUUCAGAACUUCCGAAGUUUGAGCAUCCAAGUCAGCUGCCUUCUGAAGAUGAAAAUAGAUCAGUGGCUGAAAAUGGUAUGGAAAAUCCCCAAAAGCGGAGACCAGCAUUAGGUCGUAGACGGGCUCAAUUUUCUUUUAAGCUCAGUCAAAGUGAGCCUGUUCCACUUCUAGAUGCAAGUUUGAGCAUUGAUCAUCUGCAAGAUCCAGAUGAAUUCUUUGCGGCUUAUGAAAGGCUUGAAAAUGCUGAGAAGGAGUUGAGGAAAUCAAGGGGAGAGACUUUGGUCGAUCCAGUUCAACAUCCUAAAGACACAAAGGCACGGCGUCGUCGACCGGGAAUUCUUGGGAAAACGGUUAAUUAUAAGCAUCUUUAUCCAACACUUGCUGGUGAUGAUGUAUUAUUGUCACAAGAAGAAAUGUCCAAUACCAAAAUUCUUAGUCCUUCCAAGACAACACUUGAUGUGGCAUCCAGUGAUAGUUCACAGCAAAAUGCAGAUGUCCAGCCUGGUGAAUCACAGGAGGCAGAAAUGGCUAAUGGCGAAGUUUUAGUUGUCACUGGAGAAAAAGGUUCUAUAGUGGAGACAGAGAACAGAGUCAACAUACUUUUGGAUGAAUUGCUGUCUACUUGUAGAGAUCUAGAUGGCGGUGAAACAGUUAGUUUACUGCAGGAGCGCUUACAUGUCAAACCAGUCACCCUAAACAAAAUAUCGCUGCCUGACUUUGAGAGUGUCAAAAGAAAUGAUAUUAAGGCAUCAGAGGAAGCAUUGUCGAGGCCAAGAAAAGCACUGUCAGAACUGCAGCAAGGGAUAAGACUAAUAGCUAAUGAGAAAACACCAUCAAAGAACCGAAGAAAGGCCGAAAGCUUCAGCUGCCCACAGGUUUCACCCACUCCGCCAAGAAGUCCAUUUGCAUCAAUGUCUAUGUUGAAAAAGCGUAUUUUGCAAAUAGAUCCACCGACAGAUCCAUUCUCCAUGCCUCUUGAUGCUGAUAUACCAUAUACUGUACAUUCUUUUUCUGUUCAAGGCAAGGACAAACAAGAUAUUUCACCUACUGUUGGCACUGGUCAGCUUGAAAAAAGGGGCUCAUGUGCCAAUGAUGAUCCCACUCUGAGAAAUGAUGGAAACAGCUUUAGUUUAGAUGGGAAGUUGCAAUCUCAAAUGGCUGAAGAGAGUAAUGCCAUGGGCAAUGAUGUCAAUUCAGGAGAGAUUCCAACAACAGAUUCAGCUUUUCCAAUUGACAUGCCUACGGACAACCACCCAAGUGGAUUUGACGAUGAAAUUAUGCCAAACGGAGAUGAUGGCAGCUCACAAGAGAAGUCCCAGGUUAAAGAUAUGCUGCCGGGAGUACCAGUAUCUGAAGAUUUAGAGAUCGGCCUCAAAGAUCUGACCAUAGGGACAGAUCACUGCCGUGGAGGUCAGCCAGAGCAGUCAAUUGCUACGGCAGGUGCCUGCUUUCAAAUGGAUGGAUGCUCAGAAAGUCCCACUAACUUACCAGGACAGCAUAAUAAGGAUCUUCAGGUACCUUCGCAAAUUUCACCGAGUAAAAGAAAGAAAAAAUCAUCUCCACAGAAGCAAACCAAGAGAGCGCGUCUGUGCAGACAAAGUCUUGCAGGAGCUGGUACUAAGUUUGAAGCUGGGGUAAGGCGAAGCACCAGAAUUAGAUCAAGACCUUUAGAGCAUUGGAGAGGCGAACGUCUUUUAUAUGGACGCAUACAUGACAGCUUACCAACAGUAAUCGGAGUGAAGUAUUCGUCUCCAGGUAAGGUUGAAAGGGAAUCUGUGCUCAAGGUGAAGUCUUUUGUAUCUGAAGAAUAUGCAGACCUUGUUGAAUUGGCUGCUCUGCAUUGACAUCAAAUAUGGAGCUUGAGCUAUGCCUGUGUACCAGGUGUUGACGAAAGGGAUGCUUGAUAUCUGUAACAUUCUUCUGUGUUUCACCCUUUCAGUCUUUCAGUUGUAACAUAUAUGAUGCAUCUCGUUUCCUUGGCUAACCUGAUUAGCAGGAUUGCCCCCAAUUUUGGGACCCCAUUUGGUUGGAUGCUGGAGAUUAGGUGGUCUCCAUAUUGAGUAGGUCAUGGCCUGCCUUUCUACAUGGGGGUGAUCCCAGAAAAGAAGGAAAAAGGUUGAAAUGUUGAUGUAAAUGCUCACUCUUAAAUGCAGACAGUACAUUUUCUUCAUUAAAUGUGUGGAAAAUGACAUUUGAUUUCAUGUUAAAGAUGUAAUUGAUCCAAUUGGUUUAGAGCCUGUUUGGAUGGCACUCAAUUGAAGCUCAUCUAGACAGUCAUUUGGGCCAUGUUUGGAUACAUGUAUUCCAAGGUAAAAGAAGAGAACAGGUAAUGAUUAGUCAAAUGAUUAUUGCCACGAGCACUGUUGAAAGA